UGUCAGAGUUUCCACAGUUUGUACAGACAAAAUCAAUGAUUAACAUUUGUACAAUUAUUUUUUUGACAGCAGUAUAGUUUACUGUUUAAUGCAUGAAGUUAACAGAGCAUAUAAAUUAUGGUUUUGGCAAAUUUUAAUAGUGAUAAAGAUGUAGUACUGGAAAACUUGGGGGAUGGAGACCCAGCAGACUACUUAUAACCAGUGGAGGCUUGGUUUCAUUCUGGAGUAACAGGACUGUGUGAAGUAAAGGAGUGGUUAGAUUUUGCCACUGAGUGCUAGAGGAUGGAAAACAGUUAAAUGCUGGGGAACAAUGCAUCAAAGAGUUUGGGUACAUGAGUGCAUUUAAUGAAUAUUUAGGUAAUCAAAGGACAGUGAGUAGUGGUUACAGGACAGGCAACCGGAACAGACUAAAACCAGAAUUUGUUAACAAAGGAAGUGCUUUGAGCUUACCUUGCCAGAACAGACAGUUCCCUUUUGUCUUGUUUACGAGUGUGAUAUGAAAGAAUAACAAUUUGAGGAAAAAGAUAAUGAUGAAUGUAGACAGCCUUCAAUAUGACCUUCAGCCUAACUUGGAUUUUCCAAAUAAGGGAGACAAACGCUUCAUCUGCACUUUGAAUACUGUCCAAACAUGCCCUUCUGCAUGGAAGAUGAUGUCUAACCAGCUCGAGUUGAAUGAAAGUGACUAUGUCAGUAUGAACUACAUCUCAAUGAAUGUUCCCAAACAGUCAAGUAUGAAUCUGAACAAUAAGAUGAGCAGAGAACAGUCAUACAGGCAUGCAAAAGAAGCAUGUACUGACAUUGAAUCAGGAGAAUAUGCUGAGAUGAAGAUGAAAGUGGACUUCUUUCGAAAGCUUGGUUAUCUCCCAGAUGAGAUUAAUGCUGCACUCCAAAAGCAAGGUUUUACUGCUGACACGAACACCGUCCUUGGGGAGCUUGUUAAAAAUAGCGCUCCUACUAUAGAUAAAGAGACACCAGCAGAGGAAGCACUUACUACACCUGUACUUGUUGCACGUGGAGGCAAUUCAUCCAUAACUCCUACAGCCACAGCUCCUCCCCCACCACCACCUGAGGAAGCAGGUGAGGGCAACAAUUUACGACCAGUAGUAAUUGAUGGAAGCAAUGUUGCAAUGAGUCAUGGCAAUAAAGAGGUGUAUUCCUGUCGAGGCAUUUUGCUGGCUGUUAACUGGUUUUUGGAGAGAGGCCACCAUGAUAUCACUGUUUUUGUGCCUUCGUGGCGGAAGGAACAGCCAAGGCCUGAUGUGCCAAUCACAGAACAACAUAUUCUUCAAGAACUUGAGAAAAAGAAAAUUUUAGUUUUCACACCAUCAAGACGUGUUGGUGGCAAGAGGGUGGUUUGUUACGAUGAUCGAUUUAUUGUGAAACUCGCUCAUGAAUCUGAUGGCAUUAUUGUUUCUAAUGAUACCUAUCGUGAUCUGCAGAAUGAGAGGCCAGAAUGGAAAAGGUUUAUUGAAGAGCGUUUGCUAAUGUAUUCAUUUGUCAAUGACAAGUUUAUGCCACCCGAUGACCCCCUUGGCCGCCAUGGCCCAAGUUUGGAUAACUUUCUUAGAAAGAAGCCUCAUAUGCCAGACCAUAAACGGCAGCACUGCCCAUAUGGAAAGAAAUGUACCUAUGGGAUUAAAUGUAAGUUUUAUCACCCAGAGAGGGUCAACCAGUCACAAAGAUCAGUAGCAGAUGAACUUCGAGCUAACGCCAAGAUGUCGCCAACCAAAAAUACAUGUGGAAGCAGUACACCAAAGGAAGAUAAAAAAGUUGUGAAGAAACAGUCCUUUACAGAAAUGCUAUCAACAGACCCAGAUGUCCCAGUAUCAAAGGGAACAUGGGAAAGAAAAAGCACAAAAGCAAAAGUAUCUGAGAAUUCACAGAUAUUGAAAGGUAAUGCAUCUGUAAGUAUGACCUCUAGCAGUAGUGGGCAUGUACCGUCUGACUGGUAUCCACAAACAUCUUCCACCAAAAUGGAUUCACUUUGUUUCGUUUCUCAAGAUCACCCUGACUCAGGUAUUGGAUCUCUUGAAACUCAGAUGGCUGAAAUGUGGCCAAGCAGAUCACAAGGUUGUUCUGAACAGUAUUGUCCAGAGCAUUUUGGAGCUGUGGGUAAGCACUGCAGCUGUAGCAGGCAGCGACAGCAUUCCCAUGGCAUGGAACGUGACUCGCACCAUGACUAUAGACAUCAUUCUCAGAAAUCUUUGCCAUCAAGUCCAGGGUUCCUUCCUUUUACUCAAGACGCACAAUAUUCAAGAACAUCCAAAAGUUCAAAUUUAGUAAGACCAGAAGGCACUUCUCAUUGUGUAUCAGGUUAUGCUAGGCCAAUUCAUCCUGCUUCAUUUAGUCAUUACGCCAAUACAGAUUAUGCAUCUUCAACUUGUGCUCGAGACUACUGGUCUGAACCGUACCAUCUCCAGCACCACCAAGCCAGAUCUAGUAGCAUACCAGACCACCACAGACUUUUGAGAGGAACAGGACAAGACUAUAGUGACCCGUGCCAGUGGAAUCAGCGUGAGCAUCAUGAAGAAGAGAGAGCUAAUGUCAGAAUGAAACUGUGUGGAAUCUUUCACCCUCAGUUGGUAGACACUGUUAUGGCUCAGUUUCCACAUGUUUUGGACCCUCAAAGACUGGCUGCAGAAAUCUUGACUUAUAAAUCACAAAAUCCAGGCAUUUAAACAGUUAAUUUCAUAAAAAUCUAUAAAAUGAGUCACAGUUGUAUGCAGCUGUUGCUUGUAAGAAUUAUAUGUGUGUAAAAAUACUGAAAUACCAGUCUACUAACCACUGUAUCCUGUUUGAGGUCUGUAUUUUGUCAUGCAGAAUAAGAGGCAUAACAGUCUUAACAAACAGUAUAUAAACAGUUUUACUCGGUAUUCUACUUAUGCAGUAAACUUAGUGAGUCAUUUCAGCAUUUUUCUAUACUUAGACCAGUGCAGCUUUGUCUACUAAACUGCAGUUUAAAAUCAAAAUGUUUAACUUUCCCAAAUUAUGUAACCACCUUCAGCUGUGUCAUUGUAACACUUAACGACAUAAUUCCUAGUUUGAGUAACAUUAAAACCUAAUCAAGGAAACACUAUGUAUUAAACACAGAAUUUGCUUAUAAAGAUGUAUUUAAUUAGGGUCUACUUUAGAACAACGAAAAAUCAAAAUAUCGAGCGCUCACAUGAGCGAAAAAUCAGGACUUCAUUGUUUAGUUUUUUGGAUCGCAAAGAUCAGAAUAUUUGCCCUUUCCUCACUGUAGUGCGAUCUUGGAAUAGGAAUAAAUAUUUAGCGGGAGAUGUGAGGGGCACAGCCCCCCACAAUAGUGAUUUAGAGUUCCUGAUUAUUUGCUCAUGUGAGCAUUCGAUUUUUUGAUUUUUCUGUGUUCUGACAUAGACCCUUUAAUUAUUAUUCUUUUAGACACAUGAAUGUCACUGUGCCAAAAAAAAUGGCAUAUUUAGCUUCCAUUCUUUUUAACACUGUUUUUCUAUUUACUGCCUAACUUCUGAUCCAUUUUGAAGGUGACUGCCCAUUUAGAAUAUGAAUUCUUGCUGCCAUUUUAAGGCGUGCAGUUUUUUAGCCCCAUCUGUUUCAGAUCACCGUUGUUAAUACUUUAAAAAUGUUCAAGAAUUCUCACUUUGACCUUCCUAUUUUUUUUUUUCCAUGCAACACUUCUGGAUAGGGAUACCUGAUUAUUUAUGCACCAUGUGGUGGGUAACAUAAUAUUGGCUAGAAAAUGUACACAUCAUUUUGAAUGUUAAGCAUUGUUAACUGCUUCACAGAGAAAUGUGAAAGGCUCGCAUCUUCUGCAGGACAGUGGACUAAGUUGUGUGGGUUCAAGGGAAAUAAAAAAUGUACUUAGUAGUUUUGUCUGUUGCCAUAUGUAAGUAUAUUAGAAUGAAGAAAACAUUUAAUGUUUUCCCACUUUAAACAUAGCUAACUGCUUUAAGCCAAAGUCUUUCGCUUUAGAAAGUCAUUCGGCAACAGCUGCCAAAAAUUCAUCAUACCAUUCUCAGUCCUUGCCUCCUCCUUAUAGUGCAGGAGUAAUAAUGUGUAAACACAGAUUCCUGUUACCCAAUAUGUUUUCUAGUAUAUUCUAUAUUUCUAUUCUUCCUCCUGCCUUGCCACUUUGUUUGUGUUCUACUCAUUCAGUUACAUUUAUUCAUAAAACUUAAAAUUGUAACCGCAUCUUUAACCAUGUCUAAAGGCUUUCAAUGCACACUUCCGUGAAUGUGCAUCCGUAUGUUUUUCAUUUGAGCAAUUGCAUUUCUCAAUGAGAAUUUCCCUAUUGCCUUGUACAACUAGCAGUCGGACAAAAGUAAAACCAGUAAGGUUAAUAUGGUGAACAACAGUUUAUGUCACAGCUGGAUGUGGUUGUACGAUUAGGGAAUGAUUUAUAUAUGGAAUUUGCACUAUUUCUUAGUGUGUUUGUGAAGAUUGUACUGGUCAAGAUACUGAAAAGUCUAUGCAAGUGUUAAUGAUGUUUUCUUACAUAAGACCAGAUGCAAACACUAAUAGAAUGUUAGGACACCUAAACAGAUAUUUCAGAUCUAGAAAAAGGAGGAAAUUAUGUCAGUGUUAUGGACAGUGUUCAAGCAUUAAUGAGAAAGAGAGAGAGAGAGAAUCAGAUUAACAAAGAGGGUGCAGAGCACGACGACUAAGAUAAUAGGGAUGUAGGGUAGUACUCUUAGUAAAACUUUUGUUAAGAUGUCACUGUUUUCAUUUGAGGAAGGGUAGACAGAUAUGUAAGUUAAGCUAUAGCCAAGUAAAAUCAUUCAAAGCAUGGAGGGCAGAAUGAAAUGUAGAAGACAAAAUAUAGGAAGAAGCAGAGAGCACCACUUCCAAGGUACAGAACGUAUGCUUAAUGUGAAUAGGAGGAAAAGUUUUUUCACAAAAUGCUCAGGGUAGUGGAAUGGGGGAAGAUGACAACCUUUAGCCAAGUUAGACGGCAUUAAAAAGGUGGUACAUGAAGGAAAGGCAGCUGCCAUGAAACCUUACUGCUAACUGACAGCAGGCAGAAAUAUACACCUUUAAAUUAAAGGAAAUACCCAAUUUUCACAUCCCUUCUCCUGUAUCCUGGUUUCACUUUUUUUGUAUCCUUCCCUUAUUUUGUUUAAUUUCAGGGAUUAUGUUAACUGCUCAUAUCACAUAUUUUCAAUCAGUGUAUUUGAAGCUACCAUUUCCCCUUUCAGAGUUCACCACAAAACAGAAAAAUGUGAUGUGAGUUUUUCCAAAACCUGAGUAUUUCCCUUUUCUCUCCUGUGUAAUAACUUCAUGGGUGGCACAGUGGUGUGGCAGUUAGUCAUAGCAAGAGGUUCUCCAGUUCUAUUGUGGCCUGGGGGUACCUUGUGUGUGAAGUCUGCAUGUCCUCCGUACAUUCGUGUGGGUUUCCUUGAAUACCAUGGUUUCCUCUCAUAUUCCAAAGACAUGCCUCUGGAGUGUUUCUCCCCGGGCCACUGCUGAAAAUGUGCUCUGUCCCAGUCGGACUUUCCCCUGUAAACAAAUGUUAAAAUAAAUUAUUAUGCAGUUUAGCAGGGGACAUGCAGAGGUACAUCUCCCAUAACAUAGGGGUAUGGUUUGCUACAGGCUUUGCUUUGUGCAAGAGUAUUGUAUUUUUGCUCUUUCUUUGUUUCCUGUGAUGAUUGUUGUAUACAUUUGCCAAAGCUUUGUGUCCUUUUCUCAGAGCCUUCAUUCAGUGUUGCUUGUAAACCUACAGAAUAGCCAGCAAUACAUUCUGGUUAUGGUGAUCUACAAACCAUACGUUCACCCUAAUUUCAUUUUAUUUUUUGUUGUUUGUUUUGUGAUUAGUAAUCCCUUUAACAAAUUGACAUUAGUAUAUCAAAAAUGUAGCUAAGAAUCAUAUUCUAGCAAAAUAAAGUGGUAAUACAGUUCAUACAAUAAUAGUGUCGCGAGUGAUGCAAAAAGGGGAAGAAACCGGUACCAGCCCCGUCUGUUUAGGGAAAAGUCAAUAAUAAUAAGUCACAUAGUAAUAAUGAUGAUACCCAUUUCUUAACCAGAUAGGGCCCACUGGGCGUGCAAUCCUUUUUCAAGUUCAUCCCAGGAGUAAUGUCUGGUUAAGUGAUUUGCUCAAGGUCACACAGUAAGCGAAUGAGGGCUAAGGGGCUCAAACUCUGUACCACAGAACUGAGUGAAGUUAUGCUGCUAGCAGAUGUGCUCUUUUAGGAUACAUGAAUAUAGUAAUGCCAAGUAAUGAAAAACAAGAACCAUAAAUUGAAUGACAGUUAUUUUUAAUGGAAAUUUAGUAAUUAUAUGCAACAGACUUGGUAAGAAAACAUUGUUUUUUCCACUGUUAAACAACAUAAUUCAACCAUAGUACAUAUUAAUCCCAGCAAUAGAGAGAAAACAAAUUGUAAUGUGUGUGUGUGUGUGUGUGUGUGUGUGUGUAUGUGUGUGUGUGUGUGUGCCCGUGUGCGCGCGCAUAUGCUGGUAUACAUAUGAGUUAGUGCAUAUGUGUAUUUUUAUCUUUAAACCUUCAUUUAUAUAUUCUUCAGCUAAAGAUUGCAUGGAAUUCUCUUUCACACAGAGCACACCCGUAUGAGGUUUUACUAACACUAGCUAUUAACUCUCCACUUUGUGUUGCUCAGUACCUUUGCUGACUAGAAAUUCAAUUUUAAUUGUUUGGAUUUCAGGACUUAAAAUUUUACUGAAGUGAAAACAUUUGAUGGUUCUUAUUCUCGUACUUGGUAGUUGUGAAGAUGGUGUUAAAGUGGAGAAAUAAUGGGAAAAACAUUUGGAAUUCAUGCCAAACUUUGAGUUGUACAACAAUGUAUUUCAUGGGAUAUAUGUUUAGACUGAAAUAUAUAUUUUAAAAACCUGUGUUUGAAAUUUGAAUGAAAGUAUGCCAACAAGGGCAAAUUGCCCCUGGUGACAGCAAUAGGAAUGCUUUAAAGGCUGCUGUAAAAUUUCCUUUUGACCGGAAGUUUUGACAUGUUGAUACAUAUUGUAUCCUUAGUGUUCUUUUAUGUCUACAUAUGUUAUUAAAAAACAUUGAUGUAAAUGUUUUUGAAACCUAAUUUGAAAGGAAUUUAAAAAUAAACAUUGCAUUUUUUUCCAGUUUUAAAUUUAGUUGAAUGUUCCUGUUCAGAUGUAUAAAUGGACAGUUAUUUACUUUGGCUGUAUUGGCACUAUGUGUCAGUGAACCACAAAAGCAAGUAAUCUACUGUACUUAGAAAAUGUAUUCAUUUAUGAGCCAUUGCUAAAUUGUGAUGGUUAUUUUAGUAAGCAAACUGCUUUAAUGUUAUAAAUUAUGAUAAACAUGAUAUAAACAUUUACAAGUUUACAUUUUAGUUGUAUAAAUAAGUGUUAGGGAGUUUGGUUCAAAUAAUGUUGUAUGCCGGUAAUACCAUGGUACACUGCAUUGUAUAGUUUAUAGAGAUUGUAGUUCUCCACUCUACCAUUGGUCUUACCUUUUGACAAAUAAAUUGUAGAAUGAGGAACCACUACUGAACUGUCCAUUACCCAAGUUCAGUAAAGCAUAUUGACCUUCCUUAUCAAGUGCAGCUUGGAGCAGAAAAUAGCAAGUUAAUAAUGCUCAUGUAGCACACUUAUUUAUGGAAAAAUAAAUAAACAAGGACACAGUGCAUUAACAUAUGUAGAAACUGUCAAAUUGUAUUAAACAUGUAUUAGUGUAGCCAUUGAAACAAUGUAUGCUAUUGUAUUAUUUUAAAUAAAAAUAAAUAAAACGUAUUAAACAUUA